AUGGCCUCCGCGAAGCACCAGCCACCUUUCCGAGCCGAGCACAUCGGCUCCCUACUCCGACCGGACAACCUUCUCGAGGCCCGUGCUGCGAUCCGUGAUGGCAAGACCCCCGAACAGGCUAAUUUGGCUGCCAUUGAAAAAGAGGCUGUUGGCCAGAUUGUGAAGACUCAGCUAGACUGCGGCCUGCAGGCUGUGACCUGCGGCGAAUACACUCGGACUCGUUUCUGGGGCCUUUUCUGGGAUGAGCUAGACGGGACCACCCGCCUGCAAGAUGCCGAGUCGUCCAUGUUCCGUCUUUACCACCCUGAUGUCGUGUCCCUGAUCGAGAAGGACCGCAAGGUCAUGCCUGGAGAUUCGGUCAUCGCGGGCUCUAAAAUCAAGAACAAUGGCACCAAGGAGAACCUCCACGAGCUGCAACUUGUACAGCAAUUUGUUCCGAAGGAGAAAUGGGGAAACAUCAAGCUCACCAUGAUUACGCCAGCCUGGUUCCACAUGCGCUACAAGCAAGGUCGCGCAUACACGCCCGAAGCCUACAGCAGUGAGGCGGAAUAUUUCGCCGAUGUCGCUAAGGCGUAUCAAACCGAGCUGCAGAACCUAUACGAUGCCGGUCUCCGCAAUGUGCAAUUCGAUGACCCUGGUCUGGCGUAUUUCUGCAGUGACGUCUGGCGCAAUGGCUACGCUGAAGACAAGGACAACAUUGGCACUGUCGAUGAGCUCUUUGAUGCCUACAUCAAGCUCUACAAUGACUGCGUCGCCAAGGUUCCUGCCGACAUGCAUACGGGUGUGCACCUGUGCCGCGGUAAUUUCAUUGGCGGCCGCCAUUUCGCCAGCGGCGCCUACGACAUAAUUGCGAAGAAACUCUUCCAGAACUUGAACGUCAACACCUUCUACUUGGAAUACGACACCGACCGUGCCGGCGGUUUCGAGCCUCUGAAGUUCUUGCCCAAGGACAAGGUCGUCAUUGUUGGCGCCAUCAGCACCAAGCUGCGGGAUUUGGAGGACAAGCAAACCAUCAUCGAUAGAAUCAACAAAGCCGCCGACUUUGUCGCAGAGGGCAGCGGCCAGACGAGGCAAGAAGCCCUCAAGCAGCUCGGCAUCUCUCCUCAGUGUGGUUUCAGCACCCAUGAGACGGGCUACCCGCUGAGCCACAAAGACCAGGAAGCCAAGUUGAAGUUGUGCAGCGAGAUCGCUAACGAGGUUUGGGGAGAGCCCUGA